AGUGGUUCCGCCUGUGUCCGAGUGUGCGUGCAUAUAUACGAGUUUUAACAGCUCAACCAACUAGACCGACCUGUAGUUUUAAUUCACUUCCAAAAUUUAUAUCAGUUGGAAACUAAACGCUUCACUGUUGAAUAGCUCUCAAAAAAUAGUCUGUAUAGUGAAAAGUGUCAUACCAAUAAUAAACACACGUAUUCUGCUAUAACAUAUAUAGACGGGUAUUAAAUAAUAAAAAUGCACAGCAAAUUACUGGAUGAGAUCAAUGAAAAGGGUUACAUAAUUCUGGAAAAUUUUCUUACGGAGGACGAAGUUGCGGAAUUAUAUAAGGCUGGACGUACAUUGUGUCUCGAGGCACCUAAAGCAAAUCGUAAAAUAUUUAGUACUGUAAAAUGUGAGGACGCACAUAGUAAGGAAACGUACUUUUUGGAAUCAGGUGAUAAAGUACGCUACUUCUUUGAAGAAGGUGCUUUAAACGAAGAUGGCGAGCUACUAGUUGAUCCUAUGUGUGCAUUAAAUAAGGUUGGCCAUGCUUUGCAUGUUGAGCAUCCAACUUUUGAGAAAAUUACGUUUAGUAAACGAGUAAAAGAUAUUUGCUGGCAGUUAAAUUAUAAUAAACCAGCAGUAUGUCAGAGCAUGUAUAUAUACAAAAAUCCUGGAAUUGGAGGUGAAGUGAUAGCCCAUCAGGAUUCCUGGUUUUUGCAUACUGAACCUAAUUCUGCGAUUGGGUUUUGGUUUGCUUUAGAAGAUUGCACUCUACAAAACGGUUGCUUAGAGUUUAUACCAGGUUCACACAAAAGUGGCGUUCAUAGACGAUACUUGCGCAACACCGAUAAGCAAGCAAGGCAGCUUAUGAUGUAUGAUAGACCUGCGCCAGACUACCCUCAAAACAAUUUCAUUCCUUUGACAGUUAGCAAAGGUACCUGCGUCAUUAUACAUGGCAAUGUUAUACAUAAGAGCGAGCCAAAUUUGUCAAGGAAAAGUCGUCAUGCUUACACUUUUCAUGUUAUUGAAACUGAAAAUAAUGUUAAAUAUUCAGAAGGAAAUUGGUUGCAGCCACCAGAGAAUAAACCAUUUCAAAUUCUAUUUGAAAGAAAGAAUUAA